AUGGGAAACUUCAUGGCUAGAGAAAUGGCUGAGCAAAAGGAAACGGAGACCAAGGAACAGGCUCGCCCCGAAACCAACAAGGUGGAAACGCCCGAAUUCUUAAGGAAAGACAGCAGCCUUUCCACCAAGUCCGUGUCCAAAAUCGUCGCUACGGCAGCGCAGAGGCAUGGUCGCUCGUGUUUUGAAUCUAACGCGGAGCCGUCUCAGGCCGAUGCAGGCCAACGAUCCAGUGUGCCGGGCUCCCCUACAAGGGAGUCGCUGAAGAGGAUUCCCACUGGGUGUGUCAAGGCUGCAAUAAGCUGCUUCGAAACUACGCCGGAACCCGCAGCGGCAACUGUGCUUGAAAAAAAGCCUAGCGCGGAAUCGAAGGCAACCGUCCAGCCCGCGAAGGUUAUGCCUCCCAAGACCACUCCAACGGUGUUCGAGAAUAACCCCGUGGCCAAGUCACCCGCCACCAUCAGGGCUUGCGAUGCUGUGCCAUUCCAUGAGGCACCUUCAGUAUUCGAGAACGAGCCCGCCGCAACAUCCAAGGCUGACGUGAGAGCAUGCGACUCUCUGCCACUGAGCAAGGCCGAAACUGUCUUCGAGAACAACCCAGUCGCCGCCAGCGCUGCGGAUGCCAGGUCUAGCGAAGGAAAUGUCACGAAGGUCACUAGCGGAACCUUCGAAAACGUCCCACAGGGGAAGUCUACGGCGGAUGUGAAGCACAGUGACAAGGUCGCACGAUGCUCUAGCGGCAUGUUCGAGAACACUCCCAAAGAGAGGUCGUCUGCGAGCGUAAGACAUAGCGACAAGGCGCCUACUGUUGAAAGUCAAGUUUUCGAGAAUGUGCCACAACUGAAGUCGCGUGCAACGGUUAAAUACAGCGACCCUGUUGCGCGAGGUUCCAGCGGCACCUACGAGAACACGCCGGAGGAGAAAUCGAGUGCUACUGUAACAAGCAGUGACGUGCUCUCGCGACUUUCCAGCAGCGUUCAAGAAGACGGACCCGAACUAAAGUCACGCGGCAGCGUCAGCUACGCGGAUUCCAUGACGACCGUUGGCAGCGCUGUUUUCGAAAACGAGCCCGAGUUGAAGUCUAAGGCAACUGUAAGAUAUAGCGACGUUUUGGAUACCGCUGUGGCCUCUCUCUCCGAAAGGGUGUCAGGUACCUUCGAAAAUGAACCAGCGCUUAGGUCCAGUGCGACCAUCAGGUAUAACGAGCCGCUGCAGUCCAACCACUCUGGGACAUUCGAGGCUCAGAAAGCGUCUAAAAGCUCUGCAGAUUACACUUCAGGUGGCUCUCUGAUGAACGAACUGCACGCCACGAUGGCUGAAUGCCGUAUAGAUGCCGACAAGUAA